UUUUUUUUCACAUAUCCCAGCUAAGCUGGUGUCAGAGCGCAGGGUCAGCCAUGAUACGGCGCCCCUGGAGCAGAUAGGGUCAAGGGCCUUGCUCAAGGGCCCAACAGUGGCAUCUUGGCAGUGCUGGGUCUCAGUAACCCAGAGCCUUAACCACUAAGCCAGAUCUAAUAUAACAGAUUUAAUAUUAGCAUUACAAUAAUAAAAAUGAACAGCAUUUUACAGUAAUUAUGUUUAUGAUUGACAUACCACAAAUUCAAGCUACAUGUUUGAUUUGAAGCCAUGAGAUUUCCUCACUCAGUCUCUCGGAAAUGUUGUGGGAGUGUCUGGUGGCAGCAGUCAACUCGGCAGGUGUCAGUUUUCUGAGAACAUUGUUCAUGGAAACCCAAGCUUUGUCCUCAGUAGAUAUCUUGACUGAUGUUCUUGGUCCAGGUGGGUGGAAGAAUUGUACAAAAAUAUCACAGUUUUCCUCACUGAUGUCCUCAACCAAGCCUAACCACCACUGGUCAUCAUAGACACAAGCAACAUUAUUCCAUUGGUUAAGGGGAAAAUUUCAUCACUGCAUGUUCUUCAAACCUUGUGAUGCAGAUGCAAAGAAGCACCUGAUAGUACUCUCUGAUACCGCCUCAAAACGGUGAAAUUUUCUUGUAACUCGAAAUUCUCUCACACUUAUCGAACCUGUCCUUAAGUUUCAGUUCAUGAAGUUCAGUUACUUCCUCGCUUUUGACGUAGAUGUUAUGUAAAUCCCUUAAUCUUCUCAUUGCAAAAGAGGAACAUAUCUUCAGGGGUGAAGAUUUGACCCUCUGUUGUCCUCUGCAAAGUGACUUUUGUUAUUUCCUGCUUAGUUGUUUCUCCAACCCUGUCACAUGCAUUUUUGCCAUAGGAUGUUGCAAAGAAGUUCCAUUCGGCUUUUAUACCAUAGUCCUUCGUUGCACAGAUUAGCAAAAUUAUUCUUGUUUUUAUAUUGGCUUGAAGAUCCAUCAGAAAAAAAGAGAAUCUUUUCUGUCCCAGGGAGAGGUUCAGUGAUGUUCCAUUGACGUAUGAUGCAAACACUGUGGCUCUGAAUUCUUUCCCUUUUGUUAAAAUGAUAAACAAAAGGGUGAAGUGUGGCCUGUUGGUUCACCCAGUGAUGACUCUGGACUUCAUCUUGAACGAUGAAUUAAUAAUUUUCCGAAAAGUCACCGAGGACAAUACGCUCAGACUGAGUAAGUUUUGCCUUUCUGUCUUUAAGGAACUGAGACUGAGCAUUAGCAAUGAAAUGGUAUGUCUUUAAUGCUGAGUUUCUCAGCCAUCGCAAGAGUUUGAAGAACAUGCAGUGAUGAAAUUUGUUCCCCUGAUCCUACGGAAUAAUGACUGUGUUGUUGUGUCUAUGAUGACCAGUGGUGGUUAGGCUUGAUUGAGGACAUCAGUGAGGAAAACUGUGAUAUUUUUGUACAAUUCUUCCACCCACCUGGACUAAGAUCAUCAGUCAAGAUAUCUACUGAGAACAAAGCUUGGGUUCCCAUGAACAAUGUUCUCAGAAAACUGACACCUGCUGAGUUGACUACUGCCACGGGCACUCCCACAACAUUUCCGAGAGACUGAGUGAGGAAAUCUCACAGCUUCUAAUCAAACAUGUAGCUUGAAAUUUGGUCAAUCAUAAAUGUAAUUACUGUAAAAUACUGUUCAUUUUUAUUAUUUGUAAUGCUAUUACAUCUGUUCAUUUUAAAAAAAUGCAAGAAUAAUGUAGGUUUUUCCCCAGAUUUCUACUAGCCCUAGCUCUGUAACCAGUGGAAUCUCAAACUCAACUUUUUACAGCAGUAUACUACCAUAGAAGACUUACAACUGUGGAAAUUUCAGGUUCCUAUCUGGUCCCCCACCAGAGAUAAUCAACCUGAAAUUGAGGGGAAAUGUAAAAAAAAAUUGCACUUUCUGGCCCCAUAAAAAAGUAAGAGAUGUCUCAAACCUGGCAUGUUAUGCAUGCACAUUAUUCUUUCCUAGGUACCCCCUAAAAAAUGUAGGACUGAGACUCUAACCCUUCCCAUUAUAAAUUGACCCUAAAAGUGGAACUUUCAGCAAUCUUCAUAAUUUAAAUAGGACUUAAGUUAUAAGUCUAAGGAACAAGAAUGUGCAAAAUGUUUAUUUAUGUACAUGUACCUUGUAAUGUGCUCUAGAGAUCAGUUUUUGUUCCAAGGAGCAAGGACCAUUCUGAGCUGAGAUAUUGAGGUUUCCACAAACAUCUGGAGAAACAAAAUUUGUCAUGAACCAUGACACAAAGAUGGCCACCGUGGCUAAACAAAGUAAAAUAAAAAUAAAAAACUGGUGGUUUUGCAAUACCAAUACAUACAGAAGAAAGAAAGUCAUAAACAUCUGGGAUGGCAUGAAGCUGGUGGAGUUGAAGAAUGGUGAGACAUACAACGGCCAUCUGGUCAGCUGUGACAACUGGAUGAACAUAAACUUGAGAGAAGUUAUUUGCACCUCACGGGAUGGAGAUAAGUUUUGGAGGAUGCCGGAAUGCUACAUCAGAGGAAGCACCAUUAAAUACUUACGAAUCCCUGAUGAGAUCAUAGAUAUGGUGAAAGAGGAAGUGCUCUCUAAGGGGCGUGGCAGAGGUGGCAUGCAGCAGAACAAGCCACAGGGAAAGGGCAGAGGAGGUGGAGGACCUGGAAGAGGAGGUGGAGCUGGAAGAGGUGUUUUUGGUGGCCGUGGAAGAGGUAUGCCGGGAACUGGCCGUGGACAGCAACAAGACAAAAAGCCUGGAAAACCACAAGGUGUCAACCACUAACACUAGACCUACUACAAAUCCCCCACUCAUUUGUUAGAAUUUUACUCGCUUCAGUCACAGAGCACCUCUACAGGUCUCUUGAUGUGCACACAUUAACAUCUUAAGGUCCGUCUGUCUCUUUUAGAACUUAAUUUAAAAGUUUCAGUCCAUGCUUCAAAUUCUGUUCAACAGCUUUUUUUGCACUGGGUUUAUUUUUUAAGGUCUUGGGUGAAAAAACAGAAUGAACCUUUGUCAUGAGAAUUUUUCACUGUAUAUGUAGUGAUUGAUUUGAAUGUUUUGUAUCAUCUACUUCCUCAGCUUGAUAAUCAACCAAAAGAGUGAGUUUAAUUUGAAAUGGAUAUCCUGGAUCUCUGUGAAGAUUUUAAUUUGGACAAGUCAUGAUGUAAAGACGCUCUUCCAUUUUCACCAGACUGUUUUUAUUUUCAGUUAACUCGCAUUUUGGCUUAUGUUUUCACAUUUGCUCUGUUUUAAUUUUAUUUUUUGUAUUGUACUUUAAAAUACAAUUAUGGUCUCACUUGACUUGUGUAUAAUGCACUUGUGAAUAAACGAUUUUUGUUAAA